GCCGCUGCCUGAGCGAGCCGCGAGGACAGCUUAAUCAGAUUCCGAGGGGUGGUCCCUUCCCCCUCCCCCUCUCCUCCUCCUCCCCCGCGCUCCCUCCUCCCCCUCCCCCAUCUUUCUCCCUCCCUCCCUCGCUCCGCUCCCCUCCACUCCGCUCUGCGCUCUGCGCUCUGCCCGUAGCCACUGACGCGGCCGCGGAGCCCUCUGCGGGGCAGGCACCGCCGCAGCUCAGCGCUCCCCCUCGCUCCGCUCGCUUCCUCACUCGGGCCAACCUCCCGCAUCCGCAAGAGCGGAGGAGACAGGAGGGGGCGGAAAUCCAGAGCGAGCAGGAGCGCGCGAGGAGAAGUGGGCUGCCCGCCCCCCAUCCCGCCACCCCCUCCCUCUCCGCCACCCUUGGGCUUCGGGAAACCUUGGCGACUUCCCCCAGACUUUCUGCAUGACUGUCACAAAGAUGUCCUGGCGCCCGCAAUAUCGAAGUUCGAAGUUCCGGAAUGUCUAUGGGAAGGUGGCCAACCGAGAGCACUGCUUUGACGGGAUCCCCAUCACCAAGAAUGUGCAUGACAACCACUUCUGCGCUGUCAACGCCAGGUUCCUUGCCAUUGUUACAGAGAGUGCAGGAGGCGGGUCCUUUCUUGUAAUCCCCCUGGAGCAGACAGGUCGAAUUGAGCCCAACUAUCCCAAAGUUUGUGGUCACCAGGGCAAUGUGCUUGACAUCAAAUGGAACCCCUUCAUUGACAACAUCAUUGCAUCCUGCUCGGAGGAUACAUCAGUACGAAUAUGGGAGAUCCCCGAGGGUGGCUUGAAGCGGAACAUGACCGAGGCCAUCCUAGAACUUUAUGGACACAGCCGGAGGGUGGGGCUCGUGGAGUGGCAUCCGACCACCAACAACAUCCUGUUCAGUGCUGGCUAUGACUACAAGGUUCUCAUCUGGAACCUGGAUAUCGGGGAGCCGGUGAAAAUGAUCGACUGCCACACAGAUGUGAUCCUCUGCAUGUCCUUCAAUACGGAUGGCAGCCUGCUCUCCACCACCUGCAAGGACAAGAAACUCAGGGUGAUCGAGCCCCGUUCAGGCCGAGUGCUGCAGGAAGCCAGCUGUAAGAACCACAGAGUAAACCGGGUGGUAUUCCUUGGCAACAUGAAGCGGCUCCUCACAACAGGCGUUUCCAGGUGGAACACCAGGCAAAUUGCCCUCUGGGACCAGGAAGACCUAGCCAUGCCUCUCAUUGAAGAAGAGAUUGAUGGUCUCUCUGGACUCCUGUUUCCCUUCUAUGAUGCUGACACACACAUGCUAUAUUUGGCAGGAAAGGGGGACGGGAACAUCAGAUACUACGAGAUUGGGUCUGAGAAGCCAUAUCUGAGUUACCUCAUGGAGUUUCGCUCCCCAGCCCCACAGAAAGGUCUGGGGGUGAUGCCCAAGCAUGGCCUGGAUGUGUCGGCUUGUGAAGUGUUCCGGUUCUACAAGCUAGUGACCCUGAAGGGCUUGAUUGAGCCCAUCUCCAUGAUCGUGCCUCGGAGGUCAGAAUCUUAUCAGGAAGACAUUUAUCCCAUGACCCCAGGAACGGAGCCAGCUCUGACACCUGAUGAAUGGCUGGGAGGCAUCAAUCGAGAUCCAGUGCUGAUGUCUUUAAAAGAAGGCUAUAAGAAAUCUCCCAAAGUGGUGUUUAAGGCCCCAGUCAAAGAAAAGAAGAGUGUUGUGGUCAACGGAAUAGAUUUAUUAGAAAAUGUCCCACCCAGGACAGAAAACGAGCUCCUCCGAAUGUUCUUCCGACAGCAGGACGAGAUUCGGCGAUUGAAAGAGGAGCUCUCCCAGAAAGACAUCCGCAUUCGGCAGCUGCAGCUGGAACUCAAAAACUUACGGAACAACCCCAAGAACAAUUAGCUCCCCAAAGGCUCAUUUUCUAAAUAAACUCUCUGUUUAUA